CUGCGCUACUCUACAGUCUGCGGAAGCGGGGGAGGACCGUGCAAAUUCCCAACGAGCUCCGGGAUUCAAUCCGCUGCCAAGGCACUCACCAGUCACCACUUCGGGGAAAAAAGGCUUAUCUUUGAAAGAGCUCGAGCACUGUGUCUGUUGUAAAAUUCGUUCGUUUCCGUUGUCUCGGAAAAGCAACAUGCUGGUAUAGUAAAUAUAGGACUAAUAAUAGUUUUUUUAUUCCUUGCAAGCGCACAUUUCUGUUGGAUUUUUAUCGGAAGAAUUAUUUAUUUUCGUGUAUAUUUUCGUUAUUUUCUUCCACGGUGGAACGUGCGGAGCACGAUGUGCACAUGUGGUGGGAUGCUCAGGGUUCUCCUGACAGUUCUCAGAUGAGUGAUGGAGAUUUGAUCAGUAAACAUUCGCUUGUUUUGUUUUUACACAAUAUAUACACAAUUUAUGAACGAAUGAAAAAAUACCAAGAAGCACUGCAAAGAUUCGACAGUGAUCUUUUUUGAAAGAGUUGUGCCUGCAGUCGUCUGCAUGGUUGCCACAGCCAACAUCUCAUUGCCAUUCUAAUUUGUUUAAUUGAACUUUUCCAUCCGAAGUGCCACUCUUAGCAUCAUUUCCGUAUCAUGUAUUCACAUUUCAAUACAAUUCCACAAUUGAGACUCGGCUAGUUUAGCCUAAAUAUCCAUCUUAUUUCCGUACCGUUAUUGGACCGAGGAGAGAGCACAGACCCGACGGAGAAAUGGCUAAAAACCCGUCCGAGGGACCCAAUGAGCCAGAUCUGAAUCAGCUACCGGACGAAGAGCUGCUGCAAUGGGGCAAGGAGCAGCUGGUCAACAGACUAAGGAGAGUGGACAGCGAGAAGUUAUACCUGAUGAUCGAGCACGGCAACAUGAUGAAAGACGUUAACCGGAGGCUGCAGGUGCACCUGCAUGAGAUCCGCAACCUGAAGGAGAUCAACCAGAAGCUCCAGGACGACAACAACGAGCUCCGCGAGCUCUGCUGCUUCCUGGACGACGACCGGCAGAAGGGCAAGAAGCUGUCCCGGGAGUGGCAGCGGUUUGGCCGGUACUCCGCGAACGCCAUGUGGAAGGAGGUGGGCACCUACCAGCUAAAGCUCAAAGAGCUCGAGGCCAACCAGGAGACAGUGGUGCGCGAGAACACGGACCUGAAGGAGAUCAUCUUCAUGCUGGAUGAAGAGAGGAACGGAGCCGGUUCCCGGAGCUCCAUAGACUCUCAGUCCAGCCUCACCAACCUGAACGGCGGGACAGGGAUAGUUCGGGACUUCGGGGAUGGCAGUAGUACCUCCAGCACGGGGAGCGCAGGUAGCCCCGACCACCACCACAGCCACAACCACAUACACAAGCUGCCCCACGGAGAGGAAGGCAAGCUGGGCAGCACCUUCCAGAGGAGGUCCAUGGAUGACCUGUCAGCGCCACACCAUCACAGGAGCAUCCCUAAUGGACUCAAUGACUCCUCCACUAACUACAUCAGACAGCUGGAGACCAAAAUGAGGAUAUUGGAAGACGACAACAACAAGCUUUUAACGCAGCAGCAGUGUAACCCAGGGGACCUUCGUGUCCUGAGGAAGGGGAUGACUCUGUACCACUCUGAGUCUCAGCUGUCAUCCCUGCCACAACGCCAGGACGCACUGCACAACGGCACGGUUGGUCGUCUCCCCACCAGCGAGUCAACCCCGGUAACAGGCUACCUGUCCUGUGUUCAGAAACCAGAGGCUGUGGUCCACGCCAUGAAGGUGUUGGAGGUCCACGAGAACCUGGAUAAGAACCAGGGGCCAGAGGACUACGAGGAGGAUCUGAGUGAGAAGGAAAAAGCCAUCGUUAGAGAGAUGUGUAACGUGGUGUGGAGAAAGCUGGGCGACGUGGCAGGAGCUAAGCCGUCUAUCAGACAGCAUCUCUCUGGUAACCAGUUCAAAGGCCCCAUGUAGUCCACAGCAACCAGAGAGUGAGAAAGAGAGAGCGAGAUCUUCCUACAUACUAUCCAUUCCUACUGCCUACACUACCCAUAACACCAUCCUCCUGGGAUAUGUGACUGGACAUUAUGCGACCCAGGAAAACCACAGAAUGGACCUCUCCAUCUCUCCCUCGCCACUAGUCAACUCCCCAUACACACACAUUUCGUUUCAACUUCCAGUGUUGUUAACUGGCAGCUAGUUUCACUGAUUUGCAACUUUCCUUGUAUUACAGAUUUUAGGUUUAUAGUUAGACAGGCUUACACUUUACACAGUGCUGAAGACUAUUACAGAACAAACUCUCAUGUUUUGUUUUAUGCUAAAAAAGAAAGAAACUCAGAUGAGAGCUAUAGGAGCUCUAGGAUGAUAAAGUAACGCUGUGAUAAUGUCAGAUAUGGUUACGUUUUGGGUUACAAGUGUCUCGUAUGGACAGAUCUAGGAUCACCUUCACCCACCUUCAAUCCUGAUCUUGAGCAUUUAGAGGUAACGUACAGAACUGACUGUGGAUCAGUGUCUAGGAGCAAUGUCACCCCACUCCUUCAUAGUACUUCCCAAUAAAAAACCCAGCUAGCUCCUCUGUUAGUUGUGCUUUGCCUUUAUCUGGUUGAUUAGCAUAAUUAGCAUUAGCUAACGCUAUCCUUAGCGUAAUUAGCCUUAGAUAAUGCUAGCUUUAGCAAAAUUAGCAUUAGCUAACGCUAGCCUUAGUGUAAUUAGCCUUAGCUAAUGCUAGCUUUAGCUAAAUUAGCAUUAGCUAAUGCUUGCCUUAGCAGAAUUAGCAUUAGCAUACAAAGUGUUAAUAUGUGAUACCCAUUGUGAUAUGAUACAUAGCACCCUAUGCUCAUAAGAGAAGUCUAUUAUUAAUACAGUACUAUUAUAGAGAUCACUUUUAAAACUAGUGUAAAAUAUGUAAACAAAAAAAAACAUAGCACUGCUUUGUUGUUAUCGUUUAUUUGUAGCUUUUUGUUUUUUAUUAUUAUUCUAGCGUGGCCAAGUGUUAGAAACGGACUGUUUUGUGUGCUUUUGUAAAACAUAAAACCCACAAGUGAACAGGGUUCUUUCUAUGGUAACCACUCAUCUUUUUACUGUAGUUCGUUGAAACAAAUGAUUACUUUAUCUCCUCUGUAAACGUAUCAAGCCCAUUUUAAAUCUAAACCGUCUCAGCCAAGAGUCAAUGUUUUUUUGUUUUUUUUUACUAAAAUGUACAAGGUUGUGUCUGCUCUAAGACAAUCAUGUUUCUCCGGUUGGGAAAUAACGAGAGCUUUGCCCCGACCCUGUGACUCUUCUGUGACUUCUGUGGAUAUAGUGGUGAUUCUUUGUUGACAUUGGUCAGGUUGCCUGUGUGUAGUGUAGUUCUCUGUAACAGACUGUUGACACCUGGUUACGACAGGGUUGGAGACUGCUGAACACAUUUUAUAUGAAAUAAUAUGUUUCAUAAAUCUCCAUGACAGAAUGUUUCAGAAAUGUUCUCUGAAACUUGACGGCUUUUAUGCUACUGUCAUAAAGGGAAGAUCAGACUAAUUUGGCUAUUUUUGGUCAUCAAUAACUAUUGCAUUAAUCAAACCACUGUACAACACAGCAUUUUAAUUGAAAGCUAAGAAAGUUGUCAAAUAAAUGGAAUGGUUUUCAUUUCAAUUUGCAUAAUAUGAAUAAGUGUUUUUUAGCCAUGGUGAAUACAGCAGAUGAGUUUCAGCAGUGCAUGUUUUGUAGAAAAUUAUUUCUGUUGGAAUGUGAGAAAGAGCAAGUCUUCCCUUAGAUGUUUUUGGAUACAGCUACAUUUUAACGAGUUAUAAUGUCAGAUGAAGUAAUAAGUACUGUUAUGAUCAAACUGUUCAAGGCUAUUUAUUGCCAGGUGUUUCGAUAAAAAAUGGGGAGAGCUAUCCAAUAAUAGGGCUGUCAUGUGAUUGGCCAGUUUAAGAUUUUGACCUAUCAGGAGAUAUUGAUUGGGCAAUUGGUAAUGAUUGACAGCUCAAGCUCUCCUGGUUCUAGUAUUAGUUUUUCCAAAUUAGAACAUUGAGGCUUCUGACCGUACAUUCUUACGAUUCAUCCUCGUCGGGUUCUCUCUAAUAGGGUCUACUACAACAACAAAAAAAUAAAAUCAAAGUAUGGGUUUUCAACUGAUUUGAAGCUAUGAUGACUUGUAAUGUUUUUCAGUCUGGCAUUUUGAUUUGAGAUGUGCCACAUUUUUCUCUGCAUGGGAUUUUGAGUUGGAACCUGUGUUUUGAACUUUGUUGUAUUUCUAAUUCUGUAUAUAUGUGCUAAACUAGAAGUCAUGAUGAUCCUAGAACCUAGUCUGCAUCUCAAAAUAGCAAUAUAUUCCCUAGUGCACUACUUUUGACCAUUGCCUUGUGCUGACCCUGGUCAUAUGUAGUGUGCUAUAUAGGGAAUAGGUUAUCUCGGACACAGGCCUACAGUGUUUAAUGCAAACUAUUCCUAUAGCAACUAGCAUGAAUGUAAACAUUUUUUUUUCCCCCCCAUGAAUUUCACUGAGAUCAGACGUAUGUGUAGGUGAUAGUUAACAAAAAAAAAAAAUAGUAAUUGAACUAGAUCACUUUGAUGAUUUUUUGGAGAAAAAAAAAUAAACAAUGACUUUCUUUGUAA